CCGGGGGCGCCCGGGCUGCCCUGCCCUGCCUUCCCUUCCCUCACCCCCUCCUUCUUCCAUCUAAAAAUGGGAGAGACCAGCCAGCCCGCCGGAGCGGGGCUGCCUUCCUCCCCCUCUCCUUCUCCCCCCUCCCCGCGCUCCGCCUGCAGCCUCGCCCCGCGGCCCGGCGGGGACAUCACUGGGCAUCUCACCUUCCCCUUGCUGUCAGUCACCCUUCUGGUGUCCUUUGGCUCCUCCAUGCUCUAUGGCUACAACCUUGCUGUGGUGAAYUCUCCGGCAGAGUACAUCAAGGCUUUCUACAACGCCACGUGGUCCCAGCGCUAUGGACACGGGCUGGCCCCCGGCCCCCUGACCCUCCUCUACGCCCUGACCGUCUCCAUCUUCGCCCUGGGCGGGCUGGUGGGCUCCCUGCUGGUGGGGGUGCUGGUGGAGCAGUAUGGCAGGAAUGGGGCUCUGAGCCGCAGCGCUCUCCUCGUCCUCCUGGCCGGCGGCUUCAUGGGCUUCAGCCGGGAGCUGGGAUCGCCCGAGAUGGUGAUCAUYGGCCGCUCCAUCACGGGGCUUCACUCAGGUAUCUGUCUCAGUGUUGUGCCCCUCUACCUGGGAGAAAUCGCUCCCAAGAACCUGCGGGGAUUCCUGGGUCUCAUGCCCACCCUCUUCAUCUGCCUGGGGGUUUUCUGUGCCCAAGUCCUGGGCCUCCCAGAGCUGCUGGGCAAGGACAGGUUCUGGCCCCUUUUCCUGUCAAUGGUGGUUGUUCCUGCCUCCCUCCAGCUCCUGCUGCUGCACUGCUUCCCUGAGAGCCCUCGGUACCUGCUGAUAGAGAGGAACGACAUCUGUGGGGCCACCAGAGCACUGCACCGGUUUCUGGGGACGCCUGACGUGCAGGAUGUGAUCGAGGAGAUGAAGGAGGAGCGGCGGUCGCUGUCCUCCAUGGAGAUGGUGUCGGUGUGGCAGCUGCUGCGGGACCGCUCGGUGCGCUGGCAGACGCUGUCGGUGGCGGUGGUGAACGCCGGCAUGCAGCUCUCGGGGAUCGAUGCCAUCUGGUUUUACACCAACACCAUCUUCGAGAACGUCGGGAUCCCCGUGUCCCAGAUCCCCUACACCACCAUGGGCACCGGCGCCAUUGAGAUCAUUGCCGGGCUGAUCGGGUGCCUCACCAUUGAGAGGGUGGGCCGGCGGCCCCUCAUCAUCACGGGUUUCUGUGCCAUGGGUGUCUGCUCRGCUGGCAUCACCGUCUCCCUGCUGCUGCAGGCCGCCCUGCCCUGGAUGCGCUACGUCAGCGUCGCCUGCGUGGUCGGCAUCAUCGCUGGCUUCUGCAUGGGACCAGCCGGUGUCCCUUUCCUGAUGACAGCUGAGCUCUUCACGCAGUCGCACCGCCCGGCUGCCUACAUUGUGGGGGGCUCCCUCAACUGGCUCUGCAACUUCACCGUCGGCUUCAUCUUCCCCUUCUUGCAGAUGUCAGCCGGUGCCUUUUGCUACCUGGUUUUCUGUGGUGUCUGCCUGCUGGUGGCCCUGUACGUCUACCUCAUCAUCCCUGAGACCAAGAACAAAACCUUCAUGGAGAUCAGCCACAUCUUCGCCGCGCGCCGCUCCGUCCUCUCCGUCCCAGCCCAUCUCAUCGGCAUGAUGAAGCUCGAUGGCUACGGGACUCUGGAGAGCAGCUCCCUGGAGGGCUCAGGCUCCAGCCUGCCCUGAUCUGGGUGGGCUGGGGGAAUGGGGAGUUGGAGGAGGCUCGGGGCUGGGGGAGGAUGUGGGGGCCAAUUUGCUCCAACCUGGUCAUCUCUGGGUCUCUCCGCGGCACAGCUUGUGCCCAGGAUGAGCCCCGUUGAUGCACCAGGGCUGCACCAGCUGCUGUGCUUGACCCCCAUGAUGAAAGAGAUGCCCCCACAGAGGUGAGAGGAUCUCCUGGGGAAGGGGGUUCUCGUCACUUCUGGGUGUGGGGCCUUGCCAAGUGGUUUAAUAAAGAGUAUUGCCACCAGAGCCAUCGUUUGGCACAUUUAGCCUGGAAUGGCAGCAAGCAGGAAUGUGCUAGGAUGGGUGGGUGCUUCCCCUGCACCAGGGAGGAGCAGAAUGUGAAGAGGGGMUUGUUCUCCUCGCCACUGUGGCUGGCUGGAAAGGUCAAAGUCUCCCCACGUUUUCUAGGAAGAGUGGUCAGGAUGGCUCCCAGGCUUUUGUAUCCCACCCCGAGCUGAUUGUGCAAAGCUGGAGCUGUUGCAGCAGGGCCAUAGAGCCGCUCUGAGCUGGGGGUGACUGGGCUGUCACUGUGCCCUCCACAGACUGCUGGAAGCCCCUGGUGCUGGCCUCGURUGCUGCCCCCACAGAAUGCUCCCAUGGAAACCCUGCAUGCUCCCAAACUCCCUGGAGGACAAACGGAUCCAGGAUGCACUCAAAUCCCUUUAUCCCCAGGAGCUCUCCAAGCACAAUCUCUCCCACAUCUGUGCCCUGAGUCCUGGGGGCUGUGUUYGGAGGGAGGGGCUGUCCUGUGUCCCAGGACCCCCACAGCAGCUCUCACAAACACACUCCAGGAGCUGUGAGUUGCAGGAAAACUACAACAUUUCGUUCUGGUGAGGGGUAAACCCAGGUGYUUGGAAGGGCUGUGUGGCCAAAACCUCUCAUGCCAAUGCAAACAUCACUUUGUUACAAAUAAUUCAGCCCUUUCUUUCUUUCCAGUUUCCCUCUCCGUGACAGGUAGGUCCACAGCUCGGGUGUUUGGUGUUUGUGGUCACUCRGUGAGGAGUCCACCCUUCCUGCAUCCCUUGGCAGGAUCUCAGGGUGCCUCUGGAGGUGGGUGGGCCCUGCACCCGUGGGGACUGGGCCAUUCUGGGUCACCAGUGACUGGCCCCAUCCCUUCCAUCCUCAGCCACCAGCUCAGGGCUCUCGUGCGUCUCGAGUCAUUUAAAGGACAUCAGUCAGAGCAGGGUCACGGCUCCGCAGCGUCAGCCGCUUCCCACUCCGCCUCCCUCCCGCCUCGGCUGCUCUCGGCAGCAGAACAGAGCGGUAAAUAUGUGCAGCAUUACAUAUGUAUAAUGGAGUGUAAAUAACCCCAAAAAGUGCAUUGUAAAUAGACUCCAAGUUUAUCCUUUAUUAAUGAGGCACUGAGUGCCCUGCUGUUUUAGAGCAGCGAGACUUUGAUAAUAUCAAAACCUAAAUUACACUUGUGUCUCUCAUUCCCAGCAAACGACAGCAUCAUUUCAGGCCUCUUUGCCACUUGUAUUUAUUUAUUCUGGUAUUUAUCUGUGUCUCCCACCCAGCAUGUGGGGCGGCUUGGAAGGUGCCCCCUGCCCUCCAUGUGGGGACAAUGGYCCCCCUGGGACCAGCCCCCCAUUUCUGGGCCCUGGCAGAGCCAAGGAGUUGGGAAUUCUGCCUUAUGGCCAAGGAUUGCUCUGUGUGGCCAGUGAAGUGUGGCAGACUGUGGAAAUGUGGGGUCAGGACCCAUUGCUGUCGGGGGUUCAGACACCACCAGAGCCAGAAGUGCCCUUUUUCCAAGGGCUGGGGGUCACUGGCAAAAUUCUAUGGUGACUUCUGGAUGCAUCUGGAGACCCAUUUGAGGGUCCCAUGUCAAAGGACAUGCCCAUCCUCUUUUCCAUCAGGACCUGGGGGUGAGGAACCCCCAUGCUCAUGGAACAGUGACAACUCAUCAUUGACAACGUUUUUUUUCUGAGGCUGUUGGUGCAAGAUCUCUCUUUGGGGUUUUCAGUUCAAACUGCCCCGUUCCACUGACCUGGUACUUUUGCAAAAGCAGGAUUUGGGCUUUCUCUCUGUCUUGCCAGGGAGGCAUGCCCAGCUGCUCCACUGCAGGCUUCUCAUGAAGGAUAUGGCUGGGUGAGCUCUGARCUGCUUUCCCUUGUCCAAAGCUGGYUCCCCAUG